GUAAAUAGAACAGUCAACCUGUCCUUUUAACGAAGCGAUUAGGAUAAUUAACUUACGAGUUUACGAGGAUUAAAGGCAGAUUAAAGCCAGUGAGAACAACAGGGGAGGGAGUGGAAAUGCAGAGAACUACAAAAGGUCUGGACCAGCUGGCACUCUCACCCUAAGAAGGCUUCCAGUGUUGCGUGACUGUGAAGAGGAAUAACCUCCGCUUCACAGUAGACCAGCGGCGAGGUUCGUUUGCAYCUUCAGCUGCUGAAGAGAUGGGUAACUCGAACGGCUGCACCGUGGACGACCUGCAGGCUGUGGAGAUGCACCUGUGGUACAAGAAGUUCAUGACGGAGUGCCCCUCGGGUCAGCUCACCCUGCACGAGUUCAAGCAGUUCUUCGGGCUGAAGGGUCUAGACCAAGAGGCCAACGCUUACAUAGAGCAGAUGUUCCGAACGUUUGACAUGAACAAGGACGGCUACAUAGACUUCAUGGAGUAUGUGGCCGCUCUGAGUCUGGUGAUGCGAGGAAAGAUGGAGCACAAGCUGCGCUGGUAUUUCAAACUCUACGACGUGGACGGAAAUGGCUGCAUCGACCGGCACGAGCUUCUGAACAUCAUCAAGGCCAUCCGUGCAAUCAACGGGAAUGAAAAUCAGGAUGCAACAGCAGAGGAAUUCACAAACCGUGUCUUUGAUAGGAUUGAUAUAAAUGGAGAUGGUGAGCUCUCUUUGGAGGAGUUUGUGGAGGGUGCUCGCAGUGACGAAGACUUCAUGGAGGUGAUGAUGAAAAGUUUAGACCUUCGUCACAUCGUGGCCAUGAUCCACAACAGGAGGCGCAGUGUUUAGGAUCAGUCCGUCCAACUACC